CUGGGCUGGAUGGACCUUUGGUCUGACCCAGUCUGGCUGUUCUUUUAGUUUUUAGACCCUUUCCAGCUCGGUCUAAUAAUUGAACAGGGCCAUAUGAUCAGCUGGGAAGGUAGGUGACCUGUCACCUGAACUUGAUGCCCCCUACAGGGCCAGCCAGCCUGUGACAGGGUCUGGCUCUGGAGUUUUACACCUUUGGGGAGAGCAAGACCAUCACCUCCUUGUCCAUAAGGGGGCAUAGGAGCCCCUGCUACCCUGCAGCUCAGAGGCUGGUGGUGGUGGCACCGGCAAAAAGCCGGGGAUUGCUCUUUUGAGCAGCUUUGAUGCAGCCCUUUCCCCCCGGGAAAUGCUUUUGCCGACACUUGCUGAAUUGCAGCUGCCUCUGGGGUGGGGCAUGGCAGCUGUUAACAGCCACAUGGAAGUCCAGGCCCUGAUCCACAGAGGUAUUUAGCCCAAUCCAGCUGCAGCUCAGUGGGGUAGGGGAGUGUUUAGGGAGGCAGGAUAAUUACUCUAGUUGGCAUUAGUGCUGCAUCUGAGGGCCUUCUGCUGGGGCUCGGGGCAUGAGGCAUGGGGCCCAGUGUACGUACCUGACCCCUGGACUCUAAUUAUAAAUGGAGACUGGGCUUUAUGAGGAAGGUUCUGGGCUGGGAAUGGGCCUUGGAGCUGUUUGCUUCCAGAUGAGGGCCCCGGGCACUGAAAUUACUGCCCAGCUCCCAGCAGGCUCUGAGCAGGCAAGAGUUGCUGAUACAGAACCCAGCAGGAUACACUGUCUCUGGGCUGAGCGCCAGCCCGCAGGCCAGGGGCCAAGGUGGGGAGUAGGGCCCAUGGGGGCUGAGUCUCAGGGUGGGAGCAGGAUCAGAGCAGGGCGCGGGGGAGCGCCACCCUCCUUCCCCGUGCUCCUUUUGCAUCCUCCGGCCGUUGACAGUGUCUCGGCCCCAUCCCACGCAUGGAGCCAGCCAAGUCCUUCCCACCUGUGCUAGGCCUUGUGGGAGGGCCAGCUGGGCUCACACGCGUGCUCCAGGUGCUGGAAAAAGGACCAGUGGCUGUGAUAGGGUGAUCAUGCAUCCCUGGGCCCUCCGCCUGCUUCAGGGGCUGUGCCUCUGGCUGAGCCUGGGGCUGCCGGGCACCCUGAGCGGGAACCGGAGCUGCGUCUUCUUUGAGCCACCCCACAACCUGCAGGGCUCCAUGCGGCACCGGGGUCGUCUUCUGGGGGGCACUGAGCGCGGCACCAUCCUUUGCCACUCCAGCCACUGCUGCUUUGGGAUCUGGAACCAAAGCCACGGACAACUCCAAGUGGUGAUGCAAGGUUGCUGGGGCAGCGACCGAGAUGGCUGCGACUCCCCAGCCUGCAAAACCAGCCCCGUCCACACCACAGGGGCCAUCCUCCAGCGCUGCCUGUGCCGCUCCAACUUCUGCAAUGCCAACGUCAGCCAGCUUGGGGCCCCUGCAGCGCCGCAAGCCUCAGCUGGGUCUGCUCCGAUGGGCACCAUCUGGAUCGCCGUGGCCUGCUCGCUGCUGCUCUUCCUCGGCUGUCUGGCCUUCCUAGUGCUGAGAAGGAUGAAGGUCUGUGCAGUGCUGCUGCGCCAGGAGGCAAGCGGGGAGCUGACCAAAGUCACCAUGGACCCCCAUUCCAGCCAUGAGAGGGAACCCCCCAACCAGGAGCUGUCAGGGCUCCAGUUCCUCCAGGUGCUCCAGGAUGGGCGCUUCUCUGUGGUGUGGCAGGGCACCCUGCACCAGACGCCCGUCGCGAUCAAGGCCUUCCCCGACACCUACUCCCAGCACUUUGCAGCCGAGUGGUCCGUGCACACCCUGCCCCUGAUGAACCACGACAACGUGGUCCGGCUCCUGGCGGCUGGGCGAGGAGGGGUGCACGGGGAACAAGGGAGCCUGUUGGUGCUGCAGCUCUACCCCACGGGUUCCCUGAGACACUUCCUGACCCAGCACAUCAGCACCUGGGACGGUACCGUCAGACUGGCCCUGUCGCUGGCCCGGGGGCUGGCCUUCCUGCACGAGGAGCUCUGGCACAAUGGCCUGCACAAACCCAGCAUAGCUCACCGGGACCUGAGCAGCCAGAACGUGCUGGUGCGGGAGGACCGGAGCUGUGCCAUUGGGGACUUUGGCCUGGCCACGGCGCUGCCUGCGCGCAUGGAGCAAUGGGGCGGCGGCCGCAUGGAAGCUGCUGUCAGGAAGGCAGGGACCCAGCGGUACAUGGCCCCUGAGAUCCUGGAUGACAGCCUGGACCUGCAGGUCUGGGGCCGCGCGCUGAAGCAGGCUGACAUCUACUCCCUGGCCCUGGUGCUCUGGGAGAUCCUGUCGAGAUGCUCGGGGCUCUCCCCAGACUGUGGGGUCCCUCCUUUCCAGCUGGCCUACGAGGCAGAACUGGGCAGCAGUCCCACAUAUGGUGAGCUGAGGAGACUAGCCGUGGAGGAGAGGAGGAGGCCAGCCAUUUCCGACUCCUGGAGGGGGACAGGCCAGGUUUCCAUCUGCCUGCGGGAGCUGCUGGAGGACUGCUGGGACCCCGACCCUGAGGCCCGGCUGACGGCCGAGUGCGCCUGCCAGAGGCUCCAAUCCCUGGGGGCCGAGUUGCCGGCUGGGGUGUGCUGAGCUGGCAAAGGGUGCUGCCCCCCUGUCCUCACCCGCCACUGGCCCACGGUACCUGGGGAUGCUCCUUGGGCUUCUGGUUGGCGCUGAUGGAGAGAGAGGAAUUCUGGGGGCAGGGAUGGUGCCAUGCCCAUGUCAUGCCAGCUUUUGUCGGCGCUGUAUAUAAACACAGCUGGCUGGCCUGCAACCUGCUGCUGCAUGGGCUCAAGCUGUCCAGCUGAGUCCCCCCACCUGGGCCGGAUUCGAACCUGCCACUGCCCCCUGCUAGACGGGAUCAGAGGUGCUGGAGUGCAUGCGUGAGCCAAUUGUCCCCGUAUGGAGCUGACACAGGUCUUGUCCAUACCCCCAGCAGGCAGGAGGGAUGUACGCCACGCAGCAUCCGGCAAGUGAGUGGGGUGCAGGCGGCUUGGCCAGAAGUUAUGUCUGCAUGGUUGCGGCCACGGGUUUGUUCCCCAGAUCAAGGGAUUGAGCCCCAUUUCUGUUUGGUUGGCUGCUUGUGAUCAAUAAAUUGUGUGCCCUGUAUUCUGGGAUCAGUCCCAACCCCUUUGUGUCGGAGCAGCCUCAGGGCUGCUCUAACUUACGCUCUGCUCCCAGGGGCUCCAGGAGGCAGGGAAUACCCAUAAUGCAGUGUGCUUUGGCCAUGCCCCCCCCACAUAUGCCCGCCCCAUAUGCCCCCAGGCUAGGAGCACAGCCCUCAUGUGGUCAGGCCACUCCCACACAGAUAUGCCAGCCCCACACGGAUGGGUGGGUGUGCAGCCCUUGAGUUACCCCCAUCCCCUUCAUGGACAAGCAUCCCCUUACCCCCCCCAGAUAGCCAUGCAUCUCUGUUUGCCCCCCAUGUACACAUACAGACCAGACACACACCCUCCCCCAAGACACACACACACAGGGCAUAUGCCCUCAGCCACUCACCCAUUGAUGAGCGUACACAGGUAUACACCUUCCAUGCACACACAUGCACCUGGUCCUGGGCUACGUUGUUUACAUGCUGGAUAGCAGGACCAAAUGCCCCCUGCCCCAAAGAGCUCACAGUAACAGUAACAGCUCACAUAUUUGAGAGUGGAAACUGAGGCAAUGAGCAGCAAAGUGACUUGCCAAAGGUCACCCAGCAGAGUCAGGAAUAGAGCCUGGGUCUCCUGAGUCCCAGUCCGGUGCACUAUCCACUAGCCCACACUAUCCCUCAAAGCUUUUAAUGGGGGGUGCAGAUCUUGGCCAUGGGGAGCUGGGUGGGGGGACAAAUAGUGGCAUUGAGAGAUGGUACCACCUAUCAGGUGACUCCUCUAGGAACCCGUGGGGCACCAGGUGCACCCCCUGCCCAGCUGACCCUGGACACUAAAGAGUUGGCCUUUUCUCCUUACAUCUGGGAGUGGGCUAUGGAAGGAUCUUGCUCAGCAGGAACCUGGAGUUUACGAUAAUACUCUGCACUCACAAAUCCCCCAUCUCCCUCAUUUCACAGCAGGGGAAACUGAGGCAUGGAAGGGGCGAGGGAAGGGACUCACCCAGGACUAAAACCCAGCUCCCAGGCCUCUGUUCUAAGCACGGGGCAGAGCUGCCUCUGUCUGCAGGCCCAUGGUGCAAUGCCAGGUUUUGCUGAUCCUCGGGGCUCUGUGCCAGGCGCCCCUCGACAGGGAGGGGCCGGGGGACACAGGCACCUGCCAGGUGUCACUCAGAUGGAGUGACAGUCCCAUGUUAGCCCCUGCGCCAGCUACAGUGACUCUGGAAGCUGAGCUGCAGGCCCACUGAGCUCCUCCUCCUGGCUACUAGUGAGGAAGUAGGAUGACCAUGGCUCCCCCUCCUCCACUGCUCCCUUGCAGGGUAGAGAGGCCCAUUCCACCCCAAGGGGGUGCCCAUGAUGUGACAGGAGAGGGCCGCUGGAGGUGGCGGGUCCAGAGGAAGGAGAGAGGAGGAUUCUGGCUCUUGAGGAAGGGGGAAUCAGGGGAGAAUACAAUAGAUGAGAGAAAGGUUGGGACAAAGGGGGAAACAAUGGUCUUGUGGCUCGUGCCCUGGACACCUGGGUCCCAUUCCCAGAUCUGCUCCUGGCUCAGCGUGAGACUCUCCCAUCGCUUCCCUAUUCCUCAGCUCCCCCAUCUGGGAUAACAAUAUUGACACGCACACAAGGUUGGUGAAAGAGUCUUAAUUUGUGCUGCUCCACGGUGCGAGGGGAAUUGGGAAUCCCGUUGAGCGCUCGGCCUGCAGAAAGAACAUGUGAGGAGCCAUGCAGCCCUGCCCAGGCCGUCUCUGAGCCCCAGACGGGGCAGACGAGCUGCUUGCUGGGGUAGUUUGACAUUGAAUGUUUGUACGAGGGGGCUGGCUGGAAAUAAAGCCUGAGUAAUACAUCA